AUGUCAAAAGCAUGGCAGAGUGCCUCUCGAAAGCCACAACGAUGGACGAACGUAAGGCGAGAGCGUUAUGCGGCCUCAACGGAAUGGUCGACUGGGAAGAAGUUAGGCGAGGAUGUGCCUGCGGAGAAGAUUGAGGACGAACAGACCAGUAUCAUACCGACGGGUGCGUGUGGAGCGUUGAUUACGGCAUUGGAAGACGAGUUUAUGGGUGAGUUGUGGGGAGAUUUCGAUUUGUUUAUUGAAAUGUUUUGUGACGUUUUUAAUUUUCGAUGA